AUGUGGUCCGCGUGCUGCUGCAAUAACCCCCAGGAGGUGGGUGCUUAUCCUGCUGAAGCAUACAGUGCUCCAGAUGAUUCCAAACAGACAGAGGGAUCGUCACCUUUCCCAGCUGCUGGUAUGCGAGAUGACUUCACCGAACAGGAGCUCGGACAGCCUGCUGCAGUGCUGCACAAAGACCAACUCCCAAAUUUGCUGACAAAGUUCCAAGUGCGCCUGGAAAAGGGCCAUGGAACAUUCGGGCUCUGCUUGGACUACGAGGACACAGAACCAUCAGCCGUCGACUUCAAGGACAGAUGUCUCGUCUUCAAGGUCACCGGUGGCGCCGCCGAGGAAUGGAAUCAGAGACAUCCGAACAUGGCCCUGCAGGUUGGCGAUUGCAUUGCCUCUGCCAACGGCGUCAAAGGCUCGUCGAAGGCAGUUUUCGAGUCCAUCCGAAAGUCUGACCAGGUGGAUUUGGACAUCGAGCGGCCGCAGGAGAUCGCGAUUGCAGCCGGCAAGGGCGGCAGGCCUCUGGGCCUUCAUCUGGCAUACGCUGACUCCAGCGUUGGGCUGAUCGUGAAGCAGGUGAACGAGGGCCCUGUGAGGGAAUGGAACAAAGCACACCCUGCAGCACCCGUGGUCCCUGGAGACCGACUUUUGGAAGUCAACGGAUGCAAGUCAGGAAUUCAGGACAAGAUGCCAGAGCUUCUGAAGUCGCCAAACGAUGAUGUGACGCUGCGCAUCUUGAGCUGGCCUUGA